AAAAUAAAGAGUAGAGACUUCUGACAAUCAGGAGAGAACGUCAAAAUUUACUGUUCUCUGCAAUCAGCAGCAGUAGCAGCAUCAGCAUCUUUUCGCAAAUUGUUUUGGUAUCCCUUAUUGGGAACUUAUUUCAAUUAAGUCACAAAUGCGGUGGUAAUUUUUUAUAUUUAUGGGGAAUAAGUGAAUAAUUUUGCAAUGAAUUGAGAAUCUGCUAACGACGAAAGGAUUGUGGGAGUGGCUUUCUGAGAUCAGACACAGCUGGCGGAAUAAUUGCGCGUUUACCUUUUGAAGAAGCGAAAUGGGACAGACAAAGAGCCAAUUCACUGACGAGGAGUUACAAGAUUACGAAGACUUGACAUUUUUUUCGAAGAAAGAGAUACUCCUUGCUCAUAAAAAAUUUAAAAGCCUUGCACCCGAAAAAGUUGGACACAACAAGAAUGCCAAAUUGUCAAUGAGCAAAAUAUUACAAUAUCCAGAAUUGCGUGUAAACCCUUUCGGUGAUCGAAUAUGUAAAGUGUUUAGCUCAAGUGAGGAUGGUGAUAUGACGUUUGAAGACUUUUUAGACAUGAUGAACGUAUUUAGUGAUGCUUGCCCAAAAAAAUUAAAAGCGGAAUAUGCUUUUCGCAUUUGGGAUUUCGAUGGUGAUGAUAUGCUUGGUGUUUCGGAUUUGAAACAAGUUAUUGAACGAUUAUGCGGCCCAGAAAACAAAUUAGAUGACUGCGAUAUGAAAGAGAUUAUUCACUGCAUUCUAGCAGAAGCGGAUUUCGAUGAUGAUGGAGCAUUGUCGUUUCCAGAAUUCGAGCAUGUCACUGAUAAGUCUAGAGACUUUCUUAAUUCUUUUCGCAUAAGACUUUAAGAGCACAACAAUCCAACCGGCAUUUAAAAACAGCAUUUAUACGAUUGUAUGUUUAAAAAUAGCCAAAGUUACACACUUAUAUUUAGUAUUUUCCUUGUUGUAGUAUUUUAUAAUAGAAUUAAAUGAAUCUCAACUGAAUUAGAUUAUUUAUGUAAGCCAUUAUGAACUACACUUAUGUAUUUGUAUUUAUAAAUAACAUUUACUCGAAUAUAUGAAUGUUAUUGCAACUAAAUUAAUACGUAUAUAUAUAGUCCAUAACUUAUGUAUUGAUUUCAUUGUAAUUAAAUUAUAUAAAUAACUCGAAUUUGAAGCUAAAAAUCAUAUGCUAUUGUAAAUUGCAAUGAAUGUAUCAAAUAUUUUUCAUGAACGGUGACACACAAGAUUAUGAAAAUUAAAUGCUAUUACUGCCACAAGGUAAUUCAUUGAUCCUUGGAAGUAUUGCUUACUAUGAAAAAAAAAUUUCAUUCAAUUUCAAGUUUAUAAAACUAAGAAUAUGUACUUUUACGAAUAUUUGAAAUAGGUACGUUUUAUUUAUUAUAGUUGAAUUAUAAUUAUACGGUAUUAAAUAUCAAAAUUGUAAAAAUUCGAAAAAAUACAUUAAUUAAAAAAAUCAUGUUUUAUGUACUUCCAAUGUGCAUUUAUGAUAUUAUAUUGCAAUACAACUAGAUAUGAGUAAGUGACAUAUGAUAAAUAAAAUUUUCAAUUUAACUUAAAACAGUUGGUUUAAAUAACUAAGUAAGAACGUACACUGUAGACACAGCUUUUUUU